AAUUAAACAACUUGGAAAAUUGGGCAGGAAGAAAGAGAUAGGUGUGGGGUGGGAUGAAGAUCUCCACCCUAACUAAUAUGUUAUAUACCAAAGAAAUGAAUUAAACACAUGGCAAAGUAGACAACUCACUAAGAAGCAAAGGGGUUUACCCAGAAGCCCUGGCUCAGUGAGUGGAUAGGAAGCCUUUUGUUACUAAAGCUGCAGGGUUGAAAAUUGAAGGAAGGAUGUUAGGCGAGUGUGGCGGCCUGGGGUGCAGCUACAGCCCCUGGCUUAUUGUCCACAGGAAAUGGGUCUCUCCCAUGGAUAGAGAGGUGGAAACUGAGCUUGUGAGUUGUGUGGUUGACAUCAUCAGGCCGAGCAUUGGAUUACAACAAAUGGGGACUUACUUGGCCCGAGACAUGGGAAACACCCACUAAAACCUCGAAGUGCUUUUCAUUUAGGAGACACGGGGAAGAGAGAGAGGGGUAAAGUGAGAAUCCUGCCUGCACCACAGGUCUGGCUGGACUGCUAACCUUGAAUCCUGGUGUCUUAAGUUCUGCCUCCACUUUUGACUGAGGACCACUGAAUUUUGAGGAAACUUUGCUCUUAAUUCCCAUACUGAUUAGUCAACGGUGGAAAAUUUGAAGAGAUGCAAGCAGGAAAAAGAAAUUAAACCAGGCUUGAGGAGCGAUGCGACAGGCAUGAUGGAGGUCGAGUCCUCCUACUCGGACUUCAUCUCCUGUGACCGGACAGGCCGUCGGAAUGCGGUCCCCGACAUCCAGGGAGACUCAGAGGCUGUGAGCGUGAGGAAGCUGGCUGGAGACAUGGGCGAGCUAGCACUUGAGGGGGCAGAAGGACAGGUGGAGGGAAGUGCCCAAGACAAGGAAGCCGGCAACCAGCCCCAGAGCAGCGAUGGGACCACCUCGUCUUGAGUCUGAUCUCGUCCAAGUAGGCUGGACGAGAUACCUUCUGUCCCCUCCCAGAGGGGGAACCCUGGCACUGGCCCAGCAGCCUCUUCUCUGAGCCCCAUGUCCCAGAUAAAUCAGGCCAGACUGAGAAGGCUCCCAAGAGGCCUCUGUGGCCUCCACUCCGGGAAAGCCCUCUGCCCACACCCACAGGCUCCACAUUCCCACCACCUUCUCACUGUUCCCAGGUACACUUUCAAGACACUGUAACCACAAAUGUUAUUUAUUGAGCUGGUGCCGGGACUUGGGCAGGGCCCUGCCCUACAGUGAGCAGCCCAUGUAGGAACGUUCCUCUCGCGAGCAGCCUGGGCAGGGUCCCUGUCCCAACACCAACACCUCCUUUCCAACCCCAACCUUCUGGGUCAAGACCUUCUUGUCCCUUUUUUAGAAAUCACUUUUAAACUUUUUAAAAAUUUUAAACCUUUUUUCAGCAGAGACAGAGAGAGCUGACAAUCCACAUUUUUUUAAGCCAUUUUAACUAAACUCUCAUUGUCUGUGCAGCUCUGAGGUUCCCUCAUGGAGCUUCACAGAUCCAUUUUUAGGAAAGGGAUUUGGGCUCAAAACUAUUUGACCACCUCUGCCCUUUCUACCAGGAUAAGUGACACCUAGGACCCAGGAAAUAAAUGCUGAUGAUUUGUGUGA